AUGCCCUUUGUCUCCAAGAGAAGACUGAGGAUAGUGGUAUUAGUGGUCGGAAUAAUAUUACUCUCAUCGAUUACAGCGCGUGUAAUAGUUCAAUUCCAGCUGGGGAAAGAGAUUGACCACUACAAAACGUUCUUUAAGAAUCACAAAGAUACUCUCAACGGCGUUUAUGAUCCGUUGAGUAUUAAGCAAAUCCCGUAUGAAACUCUCAGCGCAUUGCAAGAAGCUCGGUUAGCGGAAGAAGCUGGUGACCCACAGAAAGCAGUGAAGUGGGAUAGCUAUGCAUACGUGAACUACGCUACAGAUCCAGAAUACUUGUGUAACACGUUGGUGCUGUUCAGAAAACUUAAAAAUCUGAAUACAAGAGCCAAACUGGUGGCGUUGGUAUCAAGGGACAUGUUAGAGUCGGAAAAUAGUGAAAAACAGCAAAGUUCGAAACUACUUCUCGACAAGAUAGUCCAAGUAUCCCCACAGCAGGUUGUGGUUAAAGUUGUAGACAGUAUUGUGAAACCUACUGAUCUAACACCGUGGAGCAAAAGCUUGACAAAGAUGCUUGUCUUCAACCAGACCGAAUAUGAGCGCGUUGUAUACUUGGAUAGUGACGCACAGGUAUCAAACAGCAUGGAUGAAUUGUUUUUCCUUCCACCAUAUGUGCAAUUUGCCGCGCCGCUCACGUACUGGUCUUUGUCGAGAGAUGAUUAUCAAGCGGCAAGCGAAGAGAUACGAGCAAAUGAGAAAAAGAACGCCAAGCUUGAAAACGUAAUCAGCGUUCUCAACUCCAGAGUGAAAAAGCAGCAGCCAAUCUAUAACCAUCUUCCAAGUGUUCCCAAUUCACUUUGCUUUCACACUGCCAACAUUGCCAAGGAAAUUCUGGACACAAGGUCGUCUGCGUCACCUAUAUUCAAUUUUGGACUUCGAGAGGAAACGUCCAAGAUAGGAUUUAAUCCCAAUUUGAUGGUCAUAAAACCAAGCGCUAAGCGAUUCGAAUACAUUGUUGAUUACCUCCUUCCCAAAAUAUUGAAUGAGAAGGGGCGGUAUGAUACGGAACUGAUUAAUGCAGAAUUAUACAAUUUGAAGCAGAUUGUCCACUCUCAGUUCAUGCUAUUUCGGAAGUUGAAGGCCGCGUUUGUCCCCGAGGUAAUGGCACUGCCAUUCGGCGAAUACGGUCUCCUCACUAGCUCAAUCCGUAACAGUUUUCAUCGCGAACUCUUGGAUCACGAAAUUCUAGGGUAUGAGAACUCACGCACUCCUGAGCAACAGUCAUUGCAAUUUCUGAUAGGCAAGUCAAAAUACAUCCAUUAUUCUGAGUCAGUAAUAAGCAAGCCGUGGUACUAUAAUAGUUUUGAUCAACUGCAGUGCCAUUCUGAUGGAGACGAUGCUGAUGAAGCAGAAAUGUGCAAAAUUUGGAAUUCCAUUUAUAAGGACUUUUGGGAUUCCAAAAAAGUGUGCGAACCAUAG